GAGGGGGGGGGGAAGUCACCCUCUUUGGGGUGGCUCUCGGCCGGGCAUGGAUCACUUAGGGGCGCACCACCUCCACCAGAGCCACGCCGAGCCCAUUAGCUUUGGAAUCGACCAGAUCCUGAAUAACCCGGACCAAGGUAGCUGUAUGAUCUCCAACGCGCGGCUGCAGGACGCGGCGGACUACGGCCUGGGAGGAUGCGUGGUGAGCAGCGCCUAUAACCCCAUGACCGGCCACUACGGUUCGGCCCCCGGCGGUGGGGGGUCCUCCUCCGCCGGGGGCUACAACAACGGCGGCGCCUGCAGCAUGGCUUCUCUGGCGGGCUCCUACAACCUGAACGUCGGGGUCGGGGCCAUGAACGGAAAUAACCUCAACGCGGCCGGGGGCGUGAUCCGGGUGCCGGCACACAGACCCGUGGCUGGCGGCGUCCCCCAACCACUCCCCACUGCCGUGCCCACCGUGAACAACCUGACGGGGCUAACCUUCCCCUGGAUGGAGAGCAACAGGCGCUACACCAAGGACCGCUUCACGGUGGCCCUCUCACCGUUCACUGUAACACGCCGUAUAGGUCACCCCUACCAGAACCGGACGCCCCCCAAGAAGAAGAAACCGCGCACCUCCUUCACCCGCCUGCAGAUCUGUGAGCUGGAAAAGCGCUUCCACCGGCAGAAGUACCUGGCCUCAGCCGAGAGGGCGGCGUUAGCAAAGGCUCUGAAAAUGACGGACGCCCAAGUCAAGACCUGGUUCCAGAACCGGAGGACAAAGUGGAGGCGGCAAACUGCAGAAGAACGGGAAGCAGAGAGGCAGCAAGCCAAUCGCAUCCUCAUGCAGCUCCAGCAAGAGGCCUUCCAGAAAACCAUCAAUCAGCCCAUCCAAGCAGACCCAAUCUGUGUUCACAAUUCCUCCCUCUUUGCCCUCCAGAACCUCCAGCCAUGGUCAGAUGACUCUUCCAAGAUCACCAGCGUUACUUCUGUGGCCUCUUCCUGUGAGUGAAAUCUUAACUUUGCCUAUGCCUGGAUUCUUGUAUUACAAAGUGGCUGGCCUUAUUCAGCACCAUCAGUAAGAGACACAGGUUGCCUGUGAAUGAGCCAGUGGCAACCACCAGACCAUGUCCCCCUGCAAGCCAGUGCUCACAAAGGCCACAUGGUGCUGGCCUAGUGGAGCAUUCUAAUAAAAGACAACAUUUUCACUCUUUC